CGCAUACACUCACUCUCUCAGCUCUGCCUCCGUCUGAUUGAGUACCUCUUCAUUCUUGGGCACUCAGCAGCAGUCGCUGUCCGUCUCUCUCUCUCUCUCUCUCUCACACACACACACUCACACACCCUCUGGAAGGAAUCCUGCAGUUUGCGGCUGCAGCACUCUGGAUAUGCCGGACUGUCUGCUCUGAGGUGGGAGAUGGGCCUGAGAGCUUGUGUGUAAGAAUCUGUUCCUGAUUCAUUUUAUCACGAGGACGAGGUGUUUCCAUGUGGAUACAGAUCCAAAGAUUCUAGCAACUGGAUAAGCCAGAAACGCGAGGAGGAAAAGGACAGCCUCGUCCCCAAGCGGAACGACACCAGCAGUGGAAAGGACAAGAAACGGACAGACUCCAGCAGACGUUCAGCCAUGCAUGGCUCCACCCUUAUAUUCGUCCUUAUUGGGGUGCUCCUGUACUUGAUGAUGGGGGCUUUGGUGUUCAAUGCCCUGGAGGCUCCACAUGAGGAAAGCCAUCAUGAUGAGCUGCAAGCUACCCGUAAGGAGUUCUUGGGCAACUACACAUGUGUAGACCCUGAGCAUCUAUCGAAACUGAUAGAUGUGGUGGCAGAGGCUAUCAGUGUUGGAGUUGACCCCAACAGUAAUACCACAUUCAGCACCAGUUGGGACCUGGCCAGUGCUUUCUUCUUCUGUGGCACCAUUGUCACCACCAUCGGUUAUGGGAACAUUUCUCCAAAGACAACGUGGGGUCAGCUCUUCUGCAUCUGCUAUACACUGGUGGGCAUUCCUUUGUUUGGAUUUCUAUUGGCUGCCGCAGGAGACCAUCUGGGGACGUCGCUGAGGAAUGCCAUUGCUAAAGUUGAAGCUCUUUUAUGGAAGUGGAAGGUGAGCCCGACCAUUGUGCGUGUCAUCACCGCUGUGCUGUCCAUCCUGCUGGGCUGUGUUCUCUUCAUCUUUGUGCCAAUUUUAGUCUUCCAGAAGGUCGAAGAUUGGACUUGGCUAGAAUCCGCCUACUUUGUGGUCAUCACCCUCACUACAGUGGGCUUUGGAGACUAUGUUGCAGGUGAUGGCGGUGAUGCAGGUAAAAAUCAUUGGUACAAGCCUCUGGUGUGGUUCUGGGUUUUGUUUGGAUUGGCCUACUUUGUGUCCAUUCUUUCCAUGAUUGGGAACUGGAUCCUGGUUCUUACCAAAAAAACCCGAGCUGAGAUGGAGGGGUUGAGAGCACAUGCCUCAGACUGGACUCAGAACAUCCAGAACAUGUCUGUGGAUUUCAACAUGUCUGGAAAAUUUGAAGAUCCUUUCAAGCACACAAGACGAAAGCGGCGUCACAGGCGCCACAGACACCACAGACACAAUGGCAGUGAGGGUAGAGCCGGAGAGGAUGGAAAAGAGGAGAAUGAAUCCGAAUCCAGCUCCUACUCGGGUUCAUCGGAUGAGUCAGAAAGCAGCUCUGAGUCACAGUCGGAGGUAACCCAAACAGACCGGGUCCCGGAGGGAGUGGGUAGCGACAAGGGCAAAGAUUUAGUGAAAGAAGAAAAACUCCAUGCCAUGCCCAAAGAUCCCGUCCUCUCUCAGCCCUUGGAUUACCUUGGGGAAAAUCUUGCGUACAUCGAUGAGUCUUCAGAUGCAGUGAGUGGCAAGAUUCACCUGGACCCCCUGCUGGAUGUACCAGAAUCGAACCCAGCUUCUAUAGACAGGCCCAAAAGGAGACGUCAAAGGAGACACUUGAGAAGGGAUCAACAGAAACCCAAGACUCCUAAAACCAGUCCCAACGAACCAGAGAAUAAAGCGCCAAAUGGAGACAUUAGACAGAAAGAUCCACCUACGCCAAAGCUGUGAGCGUCAAGGUGUUCAUGGGGUUUGUAGCUCCUCAGAAAAGCCUCUUUGGAAUAAAGUUUUGCUACUUUGCUAGCUUUAGGAUAUUCUGUGCUCCACAGGGAAGGCACCUGGCGUUAUUCUCAGAUUUUACUGGGACAAAAUAAGAAACUAUCCA